AGAUGGGAGCGCUUGAUGAAGGGUUCCGGGAGUUGCGCUUGCGCUCUGGGAGCCCGUAGCCGGAAGUGGGCGGAAUCGUGUUGCGCAGAGGAAAGGGCGGAGGGAGGAAACCUGGACAAGGAAACGCACAGGAUCUACAGGCAGAAGUUGGAGGAGCUGACUGCGCUCCAGACUUUGUGUAGCAGCUCCAUCAGCAAGCAUAAGACGCGACUGAAGGACCUGAAGCGCACGCUCCAGAGGUACAAGCGCCGUGCCAGUCUGGAGGAGGCGGAGCUGGUUCAGCAGAUAGAUGUCACCAUCAAGGAGCGGCAGAACAUCUUCUUUGACAUGGAGGCCUACCUGCCCAAGAAGAAUGGGCUCUACUUGAAUCUGGUCCUCGGCAACGUGAGCGUGACCCUCCUCAGCAACCAGGCCAAAUUUGCCUACAAGGACGAGUAUGAGAAGUUCAAGCUCUACCUGACCAUCAUCCUGCUCCUGGGGGCUGUGGCCUGUCAAUUUGUCCUUCACUACAGGGUAACGGACGAAGUCUUUAACUUCCUACUGGUGUGGUAUUACUGCACCCUGACGAUUCGGGAGAGUAUUCUUAUCAGCAACGGCUCGAGAAUUAAAGGCUGGUGGGUGUCGCACCACUACGUGUCCACCUUCCUAUCUGGAGUGAUGCUGACCUGGCCCAAUGGACUAAUCUAUCAGAAGUUUCGCAGUCAGUUUUUAGCGUUUUCCAUAUUUCAGAGCUGUGUCCAGUUCCUGCAAUAUUAUUACCAGAGGGGCUGCCUCUACCGGCUGCGAGCUCUGGGGGAAAGGAAUCAUUUGGACCUCACUGUGGAGGGAUUCCAGUCCUGGAUGUGGCGGGGCCUCACCUUCCUCCUGCCUUUCCUGUUCUUUGGCCAUUUCUGGCAGCUCUACAAUGCAGUCACGCUCUUCAAGCUUUCCAGCCACGAGGAAUGCAGAGAAUGGCAGGUGUUCGUGUUGGCAAUCACCUUCCUGGUCCUCUUCCUGGGCAACUUCCUGACCACCCUCAAAGUGGUGCACACCAAACUCCAGAAGAACAGGAACAAGGCGAAGACGCCGUGAGCCGCGGGGCUGCGCCCCCGAGCCCGGGACUUUGAGACUGCGGGGGUCUCAGUCGGCACCCUCGCUGCCGAUUCCUCCUCAGCAGCGCCAGUGGCCACUGGCGCAGUGACCUCAGGGGCCAGUGGCCUCCCCAGGAGCAGGGCCAAGGCCCGAGUCCCCGACUGGACAAGAGAAAUGUGACCCAGCCUGUCCGAGCAGUAUUAGCCACCCUUCCUAUUUAUGACGUAUUUAAUGCCGCGCCCUCCCCACCUCCCUAGAAUCGUAGCCCCCGCUGCUCUUGGCCGGACUGUCUUCCUGGGAGAGGCAAUGCCUCAGGAAGCCCCUCUGUCCCCCGUCCUGGCACUUGAAGCCCUCAGGGCAGGGUGUGGACAUGCCUCCUGAGGUUGGAUGUGUGACCUGUUGCUUACAGAGUCCCAGGCGGAGGCGGGAGGAGGGCCCUGGGAGUCCGGUGGGGACUCCCUCCCCAGCACACGCUUCUGCUGUCGGCUCCCGCCUCCUCUCAGCCUCCGUUUCUCUGUGGGCGGGUAUCUACCUUCUCAGAGAACCGCUGUUGUGCCUUGUGCUCCUUGUGCUUCCUGAGUCCCCUGACUGCCUGUCACCUGGGGAAAGUGGCCGGGCCGGCCUGAGGCCUGGGGUUCUUGGCCCCUGGAGCAGCUGGGCCCAAGGCAGGCAGGGUUUCUGAGUCACCACCAGAGGGCGCCCCAGCCUCGGCACCAUGUGGGUGGUUUGAGGGCGUUACUUGACACUUCCUGACCCUCAACCCUCAGCCCAUCUUCCCGAAUCCUUGCAGUGGGCACUCAGAGUGAGACCCAGACCCUCAGCGCUGGCCGGGACUUCAGCCAGCACCAGUGUCACCCAGCCCUCCAUCACCUCCCUUACUCAGAGGUUCUGGAAAUUGGGGCGGGGGGUGUCUGAGCAACCUCACUUUCAGGAGGUCACACAGGGCAAGGCUGCUGGUCACCUCACGGUAGAUUCUGAAUUGGAGGGUGAAGAAGCCAACUUUCUGCCCCUUCUCCCACACCUGAGCCUCGUCUGCCCUUAACGACUUCCCUACAAAUCCUCUUGGACCAGAGGGUAUAGUUCGUGUCCACAGCUAUGCUGUGGCCCUCAAAGGGGUUUAAAAUUUUUUAAGUUAGUUACGUUUUUAAAAUAUGGAAUCCACCCCCAGGAAGAUUCCACAAAAAAAUCCAGAUCUUGACUUUCCCUAGAUAAGUGGAAAGCCCUGGCUGCGUUCCCACAGAACAGCCCUCACCUGGGCUGGCUGCCUGCCCGGAGUGGUGCUUGCUUUCUAGUUUGCGGAGACCCCACCACUCCCUCCUAUUUCCGCCCUCCUUCACUCUCCACGCCGCCCAUCUGGCCCUUUAAGAACUUGGGUUUGCCCUAGACUCUCGUUGGCAACCUUUUCCUGUGACGGGCCAGAUGGUCUCAGUCACAAUGACUUUAGCCUGCAGUUGGGCAAAAGCAGCCCACGCAUAAAUGAAUGGGCAUGACUGUGUUCCAAUAAAACUUUAUUUACAAAAACA